ACUGUAUCGUUACCUGCGGGCCUCGGCGGCCGUCGGCUCGACGGCUCCCUGCCAGCCCCCGGUCGGCGGCGGGCGGAGCCUAGCGCGGCCGGCGCGGGGGCUCGACGGCUGGCGGGCUACCCGCCGCCCGGCCUGGCCCGACCUCUAGUGACAACCAUUCGCGGCGGGCGCAUGCGCACUGAGGCCGGUCUCUGGAGAAGGAAGGGAAGUGGCGGCGGCGGCGGCAGCACGUCAGUUGGGUUCCGAGUCUCUUUGUCGCACUAGCAGGUAGUUCUCUAGGCUAAUAAUCAUGGGUGAAUCUACUAACAACACACAGAGCAUAGCUGACUACCUAGCACAACUACUAAAAGAUCGGAAGCAGCUUGCUGCCUUUCCUAACGUUUUUCUUCACGUCGAGAGACUGCUUGACGAAGAAAUCGUGAAAGUGCGCUCGAACCUGUUCCAAAUCAAUGGCAUCGCCAAACAGCCGCUGGAGCUGCCGGAGCCGCAGGGGCCGGUGGUCACCCUCUCCGAGAAGGUCUACGUGCCCAUCAAGGAGCACCCUGACUUCAACUUUGUGGGCCGCAUCCUGGGCCCGCGGGGCAUGACGGCCAAGCAGCUCGAACAGGAGACCGGCUGUAAAAUCAUGGUGCGCGGCCGCGGCUCCAUGAGGGAUAAGAAAAAGGAGGAGCAGAACCGGGGCAAGCCCAACUGGGAGCACCUGAGCGAUGAGCUGCACGUUCUCAUCACGGUGGAAGACUCGGAGAAUCGGGCGGCGGCCAAGCUGCAGCGGGCCGUCGACGAGAUCAAGAAACUGCUCGUGCCGUCGGCGGAUGGCGAGGAUGAACUGAAGAAGCGGCAGCUGAUGGAGCUGGCGAUCAUCAACGGAACGUACCGGGACUCGAGCAAGCCGCCGUCGGAGUCGCUGUCUCUGUCUGCUGGGCUGCCGAGUUCAGCAGCGGACGCGGCGCCUCGCCUGCAGCUCACUCAGAUGGCCAGCCUGGGCGGCCUGAUGACCUCACAGAUCCGCACGCCGGCCACGCUGGGCGCGCCGCUCAUCCUCUCGCCGCGGAUGGCGGCCGGCACGGCGCUCAUCAACUCUGCCCCGCCGCCGCUCAUCUCAGCCGGCGACGCUGCGCUGCUGUACGCCCAGUACGCGCCCGACUACGCGGCCCAGUACGCCGCGCAGCUGGCGCAGCCGCUGCACCUGGCCGACUACUCGGCCGACCCCACCGGUGCCGGCAGCGGGGCCAAGCAGCGGCGCGUGUUGACUCCGCAGGGCCGCGAGCACCCGUACCAGCGGCCCGGCGCGCCGCCCGUCGCCCAGUUGUAGUGUGUGUUGGUGCCGAGCAGGUUAGUUGACGUCCUGAGAGCCGCCGCCCCGCGCCCCGUCCCCGUCCCUCCGUCCCUGAGCCGCCCUCAAUAUGUGCUCUAUUAUCCAGCCUCUUCAUGAUUUUGACGCUCUUCUUACUCUGUAAAAGGCGUCAUUCGUAGACUGUGUGGGGCUCUGAGGGCGCGGGCCGGUCGCCGUCCCAUCUCACACAUCCCCGUCUUUCUGCCGCCUCUGUGCGCUGCCCCUCCCCGAAAAAUGUGCUCCCAGGCCCUUGUCAGUUGUCACAAUCCUCUCCCGCCUUAGUAUAUCCGCGAUCUUCAGCUUUUCCAAGAUGCAUUCGACAGAGAUGCACCGCUUACUGAUCGCGUUUCCAAAUGUCGAGUCCUUUCCUUCCCUUUCUACCACGACAGUCCUGUAUAUCAUAUUCCUGCCCCUGUUCUGAGCCGGAGAGAGCUGCUCGAUCAGCCAGCGGAGGCGGAAAGGGUGACUCCCGGCGUCCAGGCAGACCCGUCAGAGAGACCCGAGCUCUCAGCGCACCUCGCACUCGUCCUGUGUAUAAAGUCGUUGCGCCCAUGCCCAUACUUCAGACAUACAUCCACCAAGUGAUAUUUCCAGUUGUGCUUAUUGGUGACUUUGUAUAAAUAGUGAUUUCCAGUCUUAUUUUGUAUGGUCACCUGAGGCAUUACAUGUGCUGAUAAAAAGCAAUAAAAAUACUUUCAUUCUAGCAUUUGCUGUCGGAGUGUCUGGCGACGUACUCAGCGGACAGUGGACACGUUUCUUCAAACACAUGAUUUGUGUAAAGUGACCACACACUAAUGACUUUGUAUAGCACUAACGUUUGCCGCCUGAGAUGUCCACUAACUGUCCUGCUGAGCCAGCCUGUUGCUGAGCUCCCUGCUCCCGCUGGCUGAGCCGCUCUCUCCCUCUCUCCUGGUGUCCUGGGAGCAUGCGCAGAGCGGGGCUGUCCGUCUGUCCCGGUGGACAGCCUCUGCCAGCGUCUGACCGAGCCAUGGGAAGGGGGUAACCCACGCCGCCCGGGGCUUGUAGACGGACCGGCCGCUGCCGUUCGCUUUGAGUAGCCCUGUGAACAUGUGUUUUCGGCGCCGGCAGGCGGUCUAACCAGCCACCGGCGCAUUAACCGGCCACGCUCGCGGAACUCGCCUCAGUAGACUCUCUGCUACCGUAGCUACGGUACUAAUGUCUAUAUGGUGCUACGCUACCGCCCGCGCCCCGUAUUUACAGACAACAUGUACUAACAAACUUUUCUCUCUUUCUCUGUUCCACUGUGCGCCGCGGGACACAGCUAACACCCCGUAACGUGCACGGGCCACGGCCGCGCCCUCCAACCCACCCUGCCACUAACGAGACGGCGCCGCCCGGCACCCGGAGGUGGACUGAAGGCGGGCAGAGGCGGGCGGAGGCGGGCACAGAGGCGGGCACGUGCGGGGUGCGGCGGCCGGCCCGGCCUACACCGCGCCACCACUGAAUCUCAACUGUUACUUAGGCAGCCCGACGCGGCGGCCGCAGUGCGCGUGCGCGCGGCAACCAAUAUCUGAGAUAGCAACAACGAGGAGACUUGUGCGUGCGAUGAUCUGAAGUGAGAAUACUCGGUGAGCGGUGAGAGAUGUCGUUUGUGAGCGCUACAGGGUAGGAGGCCGCGCAGAGCCGCGGCGCGCUAGCCCAGUGUCCGGCGCGGGGUGUUGAUGACGUUGAUGGGGCGUGAGCUAGAUGUCUGUUGCACCGACCGACCCCAUGUUCGCGGUCGUUGCCUUGUCAAGUGCCAACGUCGAAUCGUGUAGCGGCCUUAUUCACCAGUGCCAAAUUUGGACGCGCCCGGUCCGAUCCGCAGGGGGCGGCUCUGACUUUGCGCCGGGCGCUAGUUGUAUUUUUGUAUUUGUGCUCCUCCGGUGUGUGCUCUUGUGUUCAGCUCCGUCCCGGGGGUUUCCUGGGGAGACACCAGGAAAUGACUGGCUGAGGAGGACCGAUCUGAUGUCACGAAGCAAGCUUUCGUACUUAAUCUCAGUAUCGCACGUUUUAUUUUGAUUUGGAAGUUCAUUUCUACGUGCAAUUUAUGGAGGAAAAGAAUAUCGAUGGUGCCUUUCUACUGGACCGUGCCUUGUACAUUGUAUAUGCAUUGUAUCGAACUGUUAGGUGUAUCUGUUCGAUCCGAGGGUCAUCGCAGACCUGCUGCAGGUCAAUGACAACAUGUCAGGCCAAAUAUGUGCCUUAUUGAAAUGUGGCGGUAUCUAUACCGAGACAUUACGUGGUGCUGCAUUUGAAUAUUUGAAUAAAUGUUGUGGUGCGAA